AUGGAUAGUAUUGAAGAGAUUUUCAGAGUUUUGUCAUGCUGGAAAACAGCCCAGCAGAUGUUCCUAACAGUAUUCCAGAAAUGCCACAAUACCUGCAGCAAGCCACCGGGCCCUGACGCCGCCGAGGAUUGCGACUGGACGGCCAAUAGCAGCCGCCAACGGCAGAAGGAAGAGGCGCCGAAGGAUCGUCGGCCGGUCUGGCUCGGUACUCCAUACAACCUAGGGGAAGCGGGUUUCGAAGCAGCUUGGAAGAAGGCCUUGGAACUUGAAGAGGAACCACCCGGAACCCUGGCCCGCAGAGACCUUGCCAGUGCAGUGGGCAGGAUGGAGUACCGGUACUGCCGCUGCGUGCCAACUCAAGGCCGCUCCACCGGUGCAUGGUACGAGCCCCGGGGUCUUUGGAACCCAUGGCCGGAUGCAUGUUGGCGGAGCACAGGUACAGGGUACGAGCCGGCCAGCAGGGUGCACGGUAUCGGGUACCUGGGGGGCCGUACCUUGCGAACAACUGGCAGCGAGGAGACGGGAUGGUCGAGCGAGGCCGCAAAGGGGAGCAUGUUGCGUGUGCUGCUAAACUGA